AUGGACCAAUGUGACACUACCUGCUGUGAUGACCAUCUGACUCUGUCGGGGAUCCUGGUGGCGGUGCUGCUGGUGUGGGAGCUGCCGACGGAGGAGGUGUGCGCGCGCCAGCUGUGGCACUACCUGCUGGGCUACGUGGCGCUGCUGGCCGGCUGCCUGCUACUCGAGGCGCUCAUCUCGGCCGUCGCCAUGCGCGGCUCCAUCCUCGACACCGAGGCGCGCGCCUCCAUGCAGUACCUGCUCUACGUCAGGCUCGGGAUCAUGUGCCUGGAGCUGAUCUGGCUGGUGGCUGGGGUCGUGUGGCUGGCCUACCACUACCGGAAUUGCCCCGCCCACUCUGCCAAGGAGGUCGCCCUCGGUCUGGUGAUCUGCAACUGGUGCGUUCUCCUCAGCAUCCUGAUGACGGUGUGGUGCACGUUCGAUGCGGCGGGCCGCUCCUGGGUCAAGAUGAAGGAGUACCAGCGCAGUACCAGGGAUGCAGACUCCAGGAGGCCGUACCGCCGCUCCACCAGCACCAGCCGCAACUGGAGGCAGAGGAAGGUGAUCCGGGCGUACCAGGACAGCUGGAACCACCGGUGUAGACUGCUCUUCUGCUGCAUGGGAAACAGCGACAGGAACCGGAACUCGUUCGCGGACAUCGCGCGUCUGCUGUCCGAGUUCUUCCGCGACCUGGACGUGGUGCCUUCCGACGUGGUGGCCGGCCUGGUGCUGCUCAGGAAGUUCCAGAAGAUCGAGCGCGAAGCCGUCGUCAAGGAGCGCAGGAACGACACGUACGAGUUCCUGUCCGGCGUGCCGGUGACGCCGGCCACGCAGUUCGUCGCGCUGACAGAGGCGGCCGACCUGGGCCGCUUCCGCGACGCCGUGCACUACAUGCACUUCGCGCUCGCCGCCUACGGCUGGCCCAUGUUCCUCGUCACCUACAGCGCCACCGGCGUCUGCCAGCUCUGCGCCUCCAUCAGGUGCUCGUGCCUGUGGUGCGCGCCGCCCAAGGACCCGGCGGUCAUCGUGGAGGACAACUGCUGCCGCUGCAACUACGCGGCGCUGCGGCGAAUGGUGGACGUGGGCGACGUCGCCGUCGUAUACGCCACCUACCACGUCGACGUCGGCGAGACGCCCUUCUUCGUCGCCGUCGACUACACCAAGCGCAAGAUCGUCAUCAGCAUCCGAGGCACCCUCUCGCUCCAGGACGUGAUCACGGACCUGAACGCUGAGGGUGAGCCGUUGCCGCUGGACCCGGUUCGCGAAGACUGGCUGGGUCACAAGGGCAUGGUCCAGGCGGCCGAGUACAUCCGGCAGAAGCUGCGCGAGGAGUGCAUCCUGGAGGCGGCGUUCGGCCACGACCCGGAGCGCGGCUCCGCCGGCUUCGAACUGGUGCUGGUGGGCCACAGCCUCGGCGCCGGCACCGCCGCCAUCCUGGCCACCCUGCUGCGCCAGCACCACCCCACGCUCACCUGCUUCGCCUACUCGCCGCCCGGCGGCACGCUCAGCAUGCCCGCUGCGGAGUACAGCAAGCAGUUCAUCACGUCUGUGGUGGUGGGCAAGGAUGUGGUACCGCGCAUCGGCCUGCACCAGCUGGAGUCGCUUCGCGCCGACCUCAUCAACACCAUCAAGCGCAGCAAGGACCCCAAGUGGAAGACCAUCUUCUGCAGCGCGGUGUGCUGCGGCUGCGCGCCGAUGCCGACGUCGGCGGCGGAGCUGCAAGGCGACUCCAGCCUGUGCGAGUACCGGCGCGAGCGGCAGGCGGCGCGGGCGGCGGGUGCGGCCGCCGUUCACCCCUCUGACCCUAGCAUCGCGCUCACCGUGCACCAGCCGCUCUACCCGCCGGGCCGCAUCAUACACGUGGUGCGGCACCACCCCUCCAAGGGAGAGCAGAAAUAUGAGAAGCGAUGGAGGCAGGUGCUGAACAAGCACGAGCCUGUGUACCAGGCCGUGUGGGCGAGCACGACCGACUUUGACGAGGUCCUCAUCUCACCGGUCAUGAUACAGGACCACAUGCCCGACAACGUGCUCGAUGCUCUCAAUAAGGUUAUAACGACGGUGGGGCCGGCCAAGCCGCGGCGGGCGUCGGCGUGCGCGUCGUCGACGCCGGCCGAGCACCUGCAGCCGCUGCUGGCCGCCGCCCCCGCCGCCUCCGCCCCCGCCGCCGCCGCCGCCGUCCCCGCGACCGCGCCCGGCUCGCCCAAGGCGUCGACGCCACCGCACCGGCUGUGCCUCGAGACGAGCUUCACGUCGCUGCAGAGCCCCGGCUCGGAGCCGCAGCAGCUGCAGCUGCCGCUGCCCUGCGGCCGGCAGCACGCCGCCAGCGCAGGGCCGCUGGGCUGGGAGUUCCCCGCGCUGCUCCUGCACGAGGACCAGGUGACGAGCCCGGCGCAGGACGGCCCGCACGACGAAUGGUUCGGGCUGGCGCCGCUGGCCACCCCCGAGUCGCUGUCCGAGGUGUCGAGCAUCAGCUCGCGCGCCAGCUGGCUGCUGGCCGACGGGCCCGCGCCGCCCGCGCCGCCCCCGCCGCCCCCGCCCCCCGCCGCCUCGGCGGCCCCCCGGCCGGCCACCUCGUCGGCCGACGACCUGAGCUUCGCGUCGGCGCGCCAGACGACGGCGACGGCCACCUCGAGCGACGACUGCGAGCGCACCAGCGGCCGGCGCACCUCCAGCGAGGCCUUCCUCAGCGUGCGCGGCACGCCCUCCUCCUCCGACGACUCGGUGACGGCCACUGUGGAGGUGCACCUCCCCCGCGAAUGCGCGCAAGGCAUCGCGUGCUCCGACUCGCCCGCCGCCGUGUCGCUGCCGACGCCCGCCAGGUGUUUGCAGCCUUCGCCGCUGCUACCAGCCGGCGCCACCGUCGCCAGGAUAGCCUCCGCCGCUGACGUCACGGCGCCCAACUCUGUCAAACAGGUGAAAUUUACCCACAAGCACAGAGGGAGCACCGUGACUGCCAGCGCUGUGAGGCAGGCAGUCAGCUGUGACCGGGCAGCGCGGGGCGACCGGCUUCCUGGCACUAGUGCCACGGAUUUCUCACAGCCAGAGACGCUCGACAAUGACACCUGCCGCUCGGAGAGCAAUAACAAUGGUGGCAGUGGGAAGGUGGUAGGCGGCCGCCACACGCAGCAGAACGCGGCAAGGUCGACACCAGCAGUGGUGCGGUCGCGGCGCGACUGCCGGUCCGAUCGCCGGGCUCUCGAGUCACUGCCGUUGCUGUCUGGCAUCGCUUCCAGACCGGACGGGGUUUCCCCCUACCCGCGCGAGAAGUACACGUACCCCAUUACCGCCGUCGGCAAGGGCGAGAGCAGCGUCUGAGGCCUCCUGCCGACACUGCACAUCGAGUGUUUCCACUUCCUCCUUUGACCUCGUGAACUGAACUGGAAUACCUGUCGAGCAGUGUUUGUCACUUCAUCAUUACAAAAGUAACUGUAGAUAAGAUGAAACGAUAUCAUUUAUCUCUUGAGACUGAGUAAUUCUGAUCUUAAUAUAGAUGAUAACUGAAAUCUGUAAAGUACAGAGUGCUGCUGUAUGUCAAAAUAAGUGCAGUGAAGUGCUUUGUGACAUUCUCGUUGACAUGUGAAUUGUAUCAGUAUUUUUACCCUGUUCUGUUAUUAGCAGUCUUCGUGUAUUUCUCUGCUUGUGAUGUCAAGCAGUGUGUGGUUGUUCCCCUCAGAGAAGCAGAAAUGUUUUUAAUAAAAACUAACGAGAAUUGUCUUAUGUAGUGUGACACUAUAUCAGAUGUAUUUUUAGAUAUUUGACUGAAAAUAAUGGUUUCUCAAGAUAAAGCAAGUCUAAGAUACUGCUGGUGCAUUAAAAAGUGAGAUUUUGGCUUCGUACUUAUAAUCACUCUCACUUUAAAACUUGGCUUAUUUGGAGGACUUUUCUACUAUUUCUUUCAGAAUAAUAUGCACGAUUACUUCCCAUUUGUGACUAUGUGACUGUGAUGGAAUGAGUGAUAGGUUGAGCUCUAGGUACACAAUUGAAUGAAUAUGCCUGGAGACAUCUGUACCAUGCAAAAAUGGUUUCUGUAACUGUUAGAAAACAUAAGAAUGAUGAAUCUGUUAGAACCAAUUGAAAGAGUGUGUUGUGCUCAGUAAGAAAAUAAGUGAAAUGACUUGACAAUUUUCAGAAAUCUGUAACCAGCACUGCUCAUCUGUGAAGAAAUCUGAAAAAGUGAACACGAAUUUUUAAGAAAGCAAAUGAGUGUAAGAAAUGUAAGUAUAUUACUAGACAUGUCUUUUCAACCAACUAUAAGACUCCAUGUUUCGACAACUAUCCCCUAUUAAUUUUAGAGCAGAGACCCUGCUAAUUGGUCUUAUAAACUGUCUUGUAUAAAGGAUACUCUUUUUUAUAACCUAUUCCUCAUUUUCUUUUAAGAAAAGUUGCACUUAGUCCGAUCCAUGAUAAAUCAUCAUUUGUAUCUUGUAGCAAGUGUACACUAACAUCACCUUGUCUCUUCAACCACUCUUAUUUUCCCAUUUCUACAGACCAUGUCACUGACAGAAACCUGAUUUCCAUUGUCUUCCAAUCUAUUUCAUUGUUUUAGUAACUGAUUUUUGUGAGAUAUUGUCCUUUGAACUGGCAAGAUUUUUUCUCUGAGUCUGAUGCCAUUAUUGUAUCUUGUUUGUCUUACCAUUUGCCUUUAAUUUACAUUAUUUAUGCCCCUGACAGAAGGAAGCUUUGAAUUAAGAUGUUCAGUGUUCUCAGACGGUCCAGUUAGAUAAUUCCUUGCAAAAGACAAGGAUCGGGUUCUGUCAUAUAAUCUGUCUGCAGGUUUCAUUUCAAUAUGCAGUCCAAUGAAUGUGGAAGAUUCAUUCUGCAAACUACCACUAGGCUACAGUUAAAACAUUCUUUGCCAUAACUUCUAUCAAAGUGGAGCUAGUCUCUAGUUUAGCAAGGUAUGAAGGAGGGAGGCACUGGUGGACAGAGGGUUCAGUGACUGCACAAUAUGUACCUAACUACCCUAUUUGCUUACAGUAAUGGCCAUGAAAGCUAAGGCUAGUUUUAACCCAUCAUAAAUCUGCUGCAAUGUAUACAUCCUGCAGUAUGGUGAAAAACUGCUUCUGGAAUUUAUGUGCUACUUUUUUUUAUGAGAUUCCAAUUAGUUCUAGCUAUUCUACAAACUUCACAUGCUUCUUCUUUGUUUCUCUGUAUACCUAGCUUUUGAGAAAGUAAUUUAUUAUUUACAUUGAAUGCAUUAUUUAAUAAAAUGUUAUAGGAGUUGGAACUAAAUGAUGAAAAAAAAUUAAAAAACAUGAGCUUCUAGCUGAAUACUCCUCUGCCAUUUUCAGUUUGUAAACAUAAUUAACUUUUUCUCAUUCUCUACUAGUAAUUUUCAUAUAAGUCCUUCUAACUUCGGAGGAAAAUAAACAUGUGGAGUGUAUGAUUUUCCUCUCUCUACAAAUGGAAAAUUGUACCGCGAUAGGCGCAUAAAGUUAGAAAGGAAAUGUAAGUGUACACAAAGAACACUCAUCUAAUGUGAGCAUGUGAAUGAUAUGUAAAUGACUGAGAGUAGCACAGCAAUGUAUUCAUGAGCAAAUAAGGAAAGAAAAUCUGGAGGAAUAUAAGAAUGAGAAUUCUGGAAUAGAAGGGCAAUGUUGAAAGAAUGUCUUCAUUAAGAAGGAAGUAAAAGCUUAAUGAAGCCAAGAGUAUUUUAAAUGAUUGAACCUGUCAUAACUGUACAGAUUUUAAAAGGAACACAAUAACAUACAGUUAAAAGUAAUCAAGAGCAUCAGGAUCUCUCACUUAAAAAACAAUUUAACAAGUUUAAUGAGUUAUUUAGGAACUCCAAGAAAGUACCAAACAGUCAAAGUACUGAAAUUAUGAAAUAUAUUCAUUUGCAAGCAUUGAAAUGUGGAUACGUAAAUUGUGGACUGACACUGCAAUGAAAGCUGAAGUGUGGGUCACAUAAAUGCUGUCAAAAGCAGCCAUGCUUCAUUUGACAAAAUCAAGUGUCAUCUCAUAACAGAAGCAAUGCAAAAGGUUUCAGUAAAGGAAUUAUUCAGUGUCAUUGCUUCCUCUGAACAACUGUAAUUGCAACAGUGAAGUAUUGGAAAUACAAAGUCCCAGGAUAAUACAAAACAAGUUCCACAGAAAGUAUAGGUUCUCCAGAAUAUGUCUUAAAAUAAAAACAAAAUUAGAAAACCACAGUUGUUCUAAAGAACAAGGUUUUGUCAAUAGUAACAGUGAAUAUGUUCAGAACAAGUUAAAUAGUGUUAGAGUACAUAUAAAAUGACUAAUAAGCAUCAAGUCAUUCUUCUUUGUAGUAAAAUAGCCAAUAAACAGUGUUUCCCAAACAUACUGAAGUUCAGCACUGCCAGGCCCUGUUAAUACAUGGGUGGGUGACCAUCAGAGUAUACCAGUAAUGCAACAAAAAUGAGAAAUUAAUGUUCAUCAAUUUUUCAUAUAUGAUCUCUCACAUGUCAUUUUGAUACUAUGCUCUUCCAAUAUUUUUGCUGCUGAUCUAUGUAAUGCAUUGGCUGUGACAGCAUACUUUUCUUUUGUGGAAGCCAACUUCAUAGUUUUAUUUUUAUUCUGGCUUAUAUGACUUUUUUGAAGAGUAUUCCCUCAGGCAGAUGCUGGAGAAACACCAGUUUUAUUCCCCCAUCCUCCUCCCCUUCCCUAGCCCUGAUCAUUUGAUUACUUAACUUUUAACUGUCAACAUUUGAGCACAUCUAAAUUUCUGACCAGGGAUCAAUAAACCAAUCAUUGGCAUAAUCAAUGCAUAAAAUAUAAUGCUGUUCUUCAUUGAUAUGCAUAUCUUUUAUCUUUAUAUAUAAACAAAGAUGAUAUGACUUACCAAAGGAAAGUGCUGGGAGGUUGAUAGACACACAAACAAACACAAACAUACACACAAAAUUCUAGCUUUCGCAACCAAUGGUUGCUUCGUCAGGAAAGAGGAAA